AUGGCAAGAGUGCCCUCCACCGUCCAUCGCCGAGCGCGCACACCAAGGUCUCCGGGAAGGGACAGAAAAUUUUUCUAUUGCGUCUGGAAUUUCUUCUACAUUGUUAAACACACCCGCCGUGUCCGGCGCUGCGUGGAAGACAGCAAGCCUGCGGGUCCGAGCGCCCCAGCCACGUGCGCCCAGUCUGAAAGAUUGCAGAUUAGUUUAGCAGCGUUAAGCGAACUGGCAGAGGCAUCUCUAAUUCUGCUGGAAAUGAGGAGGCCCGAUGCCGCCCCUGGGGAAGGCGCCGACGACGCGGACAGCGGCAGCGAUAGCCGCAGUGGCGCCGAGGAGCCCAGCGUAUGCGAGAAAUGCUGCGCCGAGUUCUUCAGCUGGACGGAACUGCUGGCUCACCGCCGCAGCUGUCCCAAGCUGCCGCCCGUGCUCAUCGUACACGACGACGCCCCCGGCCUGCCCACGCCCCUGCUACCUCAGAGCUCAUCCAGCAGUGUCAUCUUCCCCAACCCGCUGGUCAGCAUAGCAGCCACAGCCAGCGCGCUGGACCCACUGUCAGCGCUCAUGAAACAACGCAAGGGCAAGCCACCCAACGUGUCAGUGUUCGAGCCCAAGGCCAGCGCCGAGGACCCGUUUUUCAAGCACAAGUGCCGCUUCUGCGCCAAGGUCUUCGGCAGCGACAGUGCGCUGCAGAUCCAUCUGCGCUCGCAUACGGGCGAGCGGCCAUUCAAGUGCAACAUAUGCGGGAAUCGCUUCUCCACCAAAGGCAACCUCAAGGUGCACUUCCAGCGGCACAAGGAGAAGUACCCGCAUAUCCAGAUGAACCCCUACCCGGUGCCCGAGUACCUCGACAAUGUGCCCACCUGCUCUGGCAUCCCCUACGGCAUGUCGCUGCCCCCAGAGAAGCCAGUGACCACCUGGCUGGACAGCAAACCCGUGCUGCCCACGGUGCCCACGUCGGUGGGGCUGCAGCUGCCACCACCCACACCCAGCACCCACAGCUACACCGACUCCCCUGGUGCCACUCCUGCCAGUCGCUCCCCACAGAGGCCCUCGCCUGCAUCCAGCGAGUGCCCUUCUCUGUCCCCUGGCCUCAACAACCCCGAGCCCAGCGUGCCCGCGCCAGCUGAGUCCCCACAGCCGCUCCUUGGCACUUCCUCCCUACCCAAAGCCGAACCCCUUGGCCUGCCCUGCGCCAACGCCAGGCCAGGGGACACGCCUGUAGGUGGCCCAGCCAGUACAGUGCCGGGAUCAGCAGUCACAGACAGCACGCCCACAGGCCUGGGCAGCCCCGGGCUCCCAGCCGUCUCCGACCAGUUCAAGGCCCAGUUCCCUUUUGGGGGCCUGCUCGACUCUAUGCAAACUUCGGAGACCUCAAAGCUACAGCAGCUGGUGGAGAACAUUGACAAAAAGAUGGCAGACCCCAACCAGUGUGUCAUCUGCCACCGCGUACUCAGCUGCCAGAGCGCGCUCAAGAUGCACUACCGGACGCACACGGGCGAGCGGCCCUUCAAGUGCAAGAUCUGCGGCCGCGCAUUCACCACCAAGGGCAACCUGAAGACGCACUUUGGCGUGCACCGCGCCAAGCCACCACUGCGUGUGCAGCACUCCUGUCCCAUCUGCCAGAAGAAGUUCACCAAUGCUGUGGUGCUGCAGCAGCACAUCCGCAUGCAUAUGGGUGGCCAGAUCCCCAACACGCCACUGCCAGACGGCCUGCAGGACGCCAUGGAUGCCGAGCUGGCCUAUGACGAGAAAGGUACUGAGACACUCAGCAGCCUGGACGGUGACGGCGAUGACUCCAUGGAGGAUGAUGCCGAGCCCAAGGAUGCAACUGACGCAGCCAAGCCGCUGCUGGCCUUUGCGGGCUCCUGCCCGCCAUCACCUCCCUCUGUCAUCUCUAGCUUGGCCGCCCUGGAGAACCAGAUGAAGAUGAUCGACUCCGUCAUGGGCUGCCCCCAACUGGCUGGCCUCAAGGCCGCAGAGAAUGGGUCGGGUGAGAGCGACCGCCUGAGCAACGACUCAUCAUCGGCUGUGGGUGACCUGGAGAGCCGCAGUGCAGGCAGUCCAGCACCAUCGGAGUCAUCGUCCUCGCAGACCCUGUCACCUGCCAACAGCCAGGGAGACAGCUUCCGCUCCAAAUCCCCGGGUCCAGGCCCCGAGGAGCCCCCGGAUGUCCCGCUCAAGACAGAACGGCCAGACAGCCCGGCCCCCGUGCCCGGUGUUGGCGGCGCCCUGGACCUGACUGCCGGGCCCCCUGGCCGACCGGCCAUCAAGGAGGAACCGCCCUUCAGCCUGCUGUUCCUGAACCGUGAGCGGGGUCCCAGCCAAAGCACUCCUAGCCUGGUGUCCGGCGCUGCGCCCACCAUGAUCAAAAUGGAGGUGAAUGGCCACGCCAAGGCCCUGGCACUGGCCGAGGGCCCACCACUGCCAGUUGGUGUCCCAGCACCCGCCGCGCCUCAGACGGUGCUGAACCCGGGCCUGGCACCCAUGCUGGCGCCCCCACCACGCCGGACGCCCAAGCAGCACAACUGCCAGUCAUGCGGGAAGACCUUCUCCUCAGCCAGUGCCCUGCAGAUCCACGAGCGCACGCACACCGGCGAGAAGCCCUUCGGCUGCACCAUCUGCGGCCGUGCCUUCACCACCAAGGGCAACCUCAAGGUACACAUGGGCACACACAUGUGGAACAACGCCCCUGCGCGGCGUGGCCGUCGUUUGUCGGUGGAGAACCCCAUGGCUCUGCUGGGGGGCGAUGCCCUCAAGUUCUCUGAGAUAUUCCAGAAGGAUCUGGCUGCCCGAGCGAUGAACGUGGACCCCAGCUUCUGGAACCAGUAUGCUGCCGCCAUCACCAAUGGGCUGGCCAUGAAGAACAACGAGAUCUCUGUUAUCCAGAAUGGGGGUGUCCCCCAGCUCCCCGUGAGUCUCGGCAGCAGUGCCCUACCCCCAUUGGGGGCUGUGGCCGGGGGGAUGGGCAAGGCGCGCACGGGCAACAGUCCACCCGUGGUCAGCCUGGACAAGGCGGGUGCAGACACCGCAGCCAGUCGCCCAUUCACAAGGUUCAUCGAGGACAACAAGGAGAUCGGCAUAAACUAG